AUGCGCGGUGACCGCGCCGCUCGUGACACGCGACACAACAAGGACUAUGAAAACUUAAAGUCGUCGCUCAAAAAAGGAGCGAAGACUAAAAAGCAUAGGGUCGUCUUUGAUGAGAGCGCAAAUGAAUUUUUUGAGGCCGAUUAUAUUAUUGUUGUUCGCGAUGAAUGCGGGUACUCCGACGAGGGAGAGACCGAGGAGUGCUCAGGAUGCGGAGCCUGCGAGCGGUUCCAGGAGCCGGAAUCGGGCGCGCUCAGCCCUCCGGAGGGCUAUAAGGAUUUAGGGCUUUUCAAUCGGGAUGGGACUUUAAGAGAGCAAGCAUGGUGGGAUGCUGGGGACGUAAUGCUGGUGGGAGAGAGAUCGGGCACCGUUUUCACACCGCAGCACCUGCAACUGCUGCGUCGGCUGCAGAGGGAGAGGAUGUUGCGGUCACCUGUGUGUUCGGAUUGCGACGCGCACCCCACGAUUCACCAACCGCACGACCUGGAGUACAAUUACGAGGAAGAAGACAACAGUGAUGUGGAUAGGGAGCUGCGUCCAGUAGCGCGUCGUACGUUGAAGCAUAUCGCGGCUGGCGAGGAAAGGCCACGUAUAAAUUCAAGUCAGCAGACCACGCCGAUUGAAGAAAAUUCAAUCGAUGUGGCCAUAGAAGAACUGCCAGCAGCUGAGCUACCGACAACAGUUCCAAUAGCCAGCGAAGAAAGUGAUACGGCGGAUGUUGACGAGCAAAGAUCGUGCGACAGCUCACCACUAAGGCAAAGAAGGGCGGGCAUACUUAAGGGGGGAAGGCUAUGGAAAUCGUUGGACAACGACAAGGACGUGAGCGAACAGAAAGACAACCGACAAUUGGCGAAAGCACUUAGAGACGACGACGUAUUGGCCACACAAAGAUCUGUCAGAUUUGUCGAAAAACCCAAAGAUUGUGACGAGGAACCAAUAGAAAAGGAGAAAGAGCCUCCACAGUUAUCUAAUCCGGACCAAAGUUGUCAAAAGGAUUACAACACCAACACUGGUCAUAAGCUAGAAACACCGUUAAUCCUGGCAAUUAAUGUUCCUAAGACGAACUCGGCAGUACAACAAUUAUUCAACAGCAGCAGACCACCACCUCCGGCAAUUGAAGCACAUUUGGUCACUUCGGAGACCCUCAGGGCUUGGGAUGCUGGAGUUCGACCUAAAACCGAAGAAGCGGCAGUGAGGCGGGUAGCUGAAAGAAAUGCAUUGAGGUGUUCACUUCUUAAAAGCGAAGCACGAAAAAAACAGCAACCAAAGCAAGAAACAACGUCUUUAUCUGAACGCAUAAGACUCUUGACUUGCGACGUGGAGGACGAAGAUCAGCGCGAAGACCAACGAUCAUCGCAUCCGGGUGCAAGCAUUGACAAAUUUUCAAGCAGUAGCGAGAAAUUGAGCGACAAAUCUUACAACAGUAUCGAUAAAAACAACGAAAAAGCCUUCGGAAGUGCAUCCUCUAGUUCCUCGUCGUCAACUCUGUCCGCGCCCGUGCUCACACGCCAGCACCCUCCAGACUUGGGGGACGUCCACCAAGAACCGCAAAAGAUAAGGCCUGAGCCUCGACGACAGUUUCUGUCUACUCUGGCACCGUUGACAGCUUGCGUGGGAAGCGCUGCUCAUCACGAAGGGUUCUACUAUGUGCCACCUGGCGACCGCACUUCUGCAUCUUCAGCUACUAACUUAGACCUCCAAGAGCACAAUGAGUCACCAGCACCUGAUGUUGUGGCAGGAACACCAGGGGCUGCUGAAAGCGACGACGGUCUCGCAGCCUUUGCACGUGCUUCUGCACCACGAACGGAAAGGUUGCGACAGCGUUAUGGCCACGACUCGCAACCAGUCAGCAGUGAUGACGAGCAUGAUGACUAUGGUUUCCAUCGUCGGCCAGCUGUUCGAGGAAUAGCGGUGAAACAACAGCUCGGAGCGUCGGAUGACAUCCUUCAACAGAUGCAGAACGAACUGCAGCCAACGGCCACACCCAGUACCACGUCCCAGAUGCCAGUCCAUGCUUGCCAACGCACUAAUAACACUUCAAACUACUCCUGGCCGUACUACUCCGAAGCUAACCUCAAUUCAAGGCCAACGAGUCGUUCCAGCGGCAUUGCUAAAUGGUCUAAGGGGGAUUACGUUUCACGGCAAAGCAGCGCUCCGGUUUCGCAGCACAGUGACGCAUGCUAUGCGCACGCGCAGAGUAUGGCCUCAUACCACUAUCAGCGGCAACAAGAGAAUAUGUACCGAAACUGCUCACUCUACGCUAACGUUGGGUGCUCUGAUAGCAGUCAAGAGUUGUACAGUUCUCAAACGAGUUCGGAACAAACUUCCCCGGUGCGUUCAGCGCGGUGCAGGAGGCCAGAGUCACCACCCCCUAUUCGCAGCCACCACCAACUGCUCUACGUGCCGUAUAGCAACAACUAUCACUAUCAACAGGACUACACGCCGCAGAAUUGGACCGCCAAUGAAUAUAAUCGCAUGCAUCCCUAUUACCAACACCAGUCGAUAAGCGGAGCAAGUACACCGCAACCAGCCGCGGUACCUCAACGAGCGCAUUAUUCGCACGCCUUGCAUUUACAGACGCUCUGUCCCGCCCCAGCCAGAUACCGCCCAGUACCUGCACCGCAACCAGGUGGUGGGAAACAGAUGAUCUGCUAUUCUGAGAAGGUUGCAGCUCCGAUGUACCAGCCAGCCCCCGGUUCACCUUCUCGUGCUGGAAGGGGAGCGCCUGAAGGGGCGCCUACAGCCACAUCGCCCAUGACCGCCCCUCAGAACCCUGUAUACUACGCCAUGAAUGUUUGACGCGGCGACUAGGUGAAAAUAGUAGUGGGCCCUGACGCUUUGCGAAUAAGCGUUCAACCGCCAACGGAUGCA